AUGUCGGGUCAAAUAUAUUUUAGCAAGUUCCUUGUUACCGACCAGGUAUUUUACGUCUCUAAGCAUACAUUUGCAUUGGUUAAUCUAAAGCCGAUUGUUCCUGGCCAUAUAUUGAUUGUUCCCUUAAGAACCACAGCGAUCACUUUAGGAUCAUUAACCCCUGAAGAAUCCCAGGAUUAUUUCAGAACAUUACAACUAAUACAGCAAUUCAUCAAAUGGGAAUAUAAAGCAGAUGCCCUGAACAUUGCAAUGCAAGACGGCCCAGAAGCGGGCCAGUCUGUACCACAUGUACAUACUCAUGUGAUACCAAGAUAUAGAAAGAAUAAUUUUGGUGAUGAAGUAUACAAGAAGAUAGACGAGUGGCAAUUCAGAAGAGAUAUAUAUUUAGGGAAUGGCGGUCGUGAGGGGAGGAAGCAGGAUGCAACUAAUUUCGCACCAGACCGUGAAAGAGUCGAACGUGAUGUAAAUGUCAUGCAUGAAGAAGCACGUACUUUGAAGAAAAGAUUGAGAGAGUUCCUUAAGGAAUUCCCUGAGAUCAAUGAGAAAUGGGGCGAGCAUAUUUGA